AUGCAACGUCUGAGCUCAUGGUUCGAGCAGUUUCCGUUACGUCGUCGUGCCUCAACUCGACGGUCAGAAAAUUGUCGUUCCGGGCCGCAUAAGCAACAAUCCAAGUCAGCAGCAGCAGCGGUACCACGACUUCGUUAUAGUGUUAGCGCCGCCCAAAACUAUCGUCAGCGGGAUCAUUCUGCUGAUGCCCUGCAAGAAACGGUGCCUUGUCGUCCAUGCCACGAUAACUCGAAACUCACAACCGCAUCCUUGUCACAGUCAUUUUCUUCUCCUCAUGGACGCAAGAAUAUUCGCACAAAUCCAUGGAUAUCGCGUGGUCGCCCUUCCAUUUGCAACUUUGCGUACCCGUCAUCAAGACCACCAAAUGAACCGAUUUAUACGUCCAUGGAUCUGUCGUCGUCUUCGCUGCGCGUUAAAAGUCUAGACGAGAGUACGUGUAGCUCCGGCUACGGUAGUCAGGAUAGCAGGUAAAA